UUAUCCCGAGAUGUUCCGGACCAAGUACCUUAAAGGAUCUGGGUCAUGGGCAUAGUGAAGUGGACCCUCUUCCCAAUAAACUGAGAUUCAUAGUUUGAACAUUGAAUUUGAAGGAGGUGGUGGUUCAUCCAACACGAAAUUGAUCCCAAAGUUUUGGAGAGCAAAAAUGAAGGUUUUGGUGGUUACACGUAGCGGCAAAGAACUCAUCAAGGGUGGACUUGAACUCACUGAUUCUGCUACAGUUGCUGAUCUGCAGGAGGCAAUUCAUAAACGAACCAGAAAAUACUAUCCUUCUAGACAACGACUCACUCUGCCUGUUCAACCUGGCUCAAAAGAGAGGCCAACUGUUCUUCACUACCAGAAGAGCCUCAGUGAGUAUACUAAGGGGAGCACAGGCGAAUUAACUGUAGUUUUCAAGGAUCUGGGUGCACAAGUCAAGUAUAGCACACUUUUCUUCUUUGAGUAUCUGGGGCCUCUGCUACUCUAUCCUAUCUUUUACUACUUCCCUGUCUACAAGUAUUUUGGCUACAAAGAAGAGCGUGUUAUCCACCCUGCGCAGACUUAUGCCUUGUAUUACUGGUGUUUCCACUACUUCAAACGGAUCAUGGAGACCUUCUUUGUGCACCGCUUCAGCCACGCCACUUCUCCAAUCUCCAAUGUUUUUCGGAACUGUGCCUAUUAUUGGUCUUUUGGAGCGUUCAUUGCUUACUUCGUAAAUCAUCCUCUUUAUACUCCUGUUAGCGAUCUCCAGAUGAAGAUUGGAUUUGGAUUUGGGAUAGUUUGUCAAGUGGCAAACUUCUAUUGCCAUUUAUUGUUGAGAAAUCUCCGAAGUCCCAGUGGUAAUGGAGGUUACCAAAUACCCCAUGGCUUCUUGUUCAAUAUUGUCACUUGUGCAAAUUACACAACAGAGAUCUACCAGUGGUUGGGCUUCAACAUUGCUACUCAGACUGUUGCAGGCUAUAUCUUCAUGGUUGUUGCUGCUAGCAUUAUGACUAACUGGGCUCUUGGAAAGCAUCGUCGUUUGAAGAAGCUCUUUGAUGGAAAGGAAGGAAGACCAAAGUAUCCUCGACGAUGGGUGAUAUUGCCUCCUUUCCUGUAGACCAUUUCUUCGUCAAUGUGAGAAAGCCCGAGAGUUAUUUAUUUAGUUGAUCAUUUUCCGUGAACCUGCAACUUUUGAAGGUUUAUGUUUCUCAUUAAAAGAUGAAAUACUCAGAUUAUUACUGGUCCAUGUCUUAGCUCUUUUUAGACCAGAUGAUCUUUGAAUUCAUUGAUAUUUGUAGUUCUCACUUCUUUGUGAUAGCUUCAAGAACCAUCUUUGUUACCCUUAAUAGUUGCAUUAAUCUAUUGUUUAUGAGUUAUGAAA